GAAGUGGAAAGGCGGAAAUUGUAUGAGAGAUUGUAGAUUUCAUUAAAGCUCCGUGUUAAGGAAAUUGACGAUCAUUUAAAGAUAAAAUUUUAUGACGAUUGUCAGUGAAUCGAGGCAGUAGUGCUUUUAGAAGACUUAAUUGUUUUGACAUUCUAACGUAAACAAAAAACUGGCUGUAAUCAUGAGUUAUUCUAGUCGUGUUAUUACAUCUUAAUAGCCUUAUUUGUUUUAGCAAAAUUGGACAUUUAAAAUACGAAUUAUAAAUGCAAUGUUUCAGAGCACGUAAACAGUUAUACCAUCGGACGUAUUUUAACAGAAUUUAAUUAUUAUUAUUACAGAUUAAAGUAUAUAUUAUAUCGUCUUAUAAUCAUAAAAAAUACAGUUAUAAUUAUUACGCAUAUAAAAGUGGGGACAAAAUCAUAAUUCGCUUAAAAAUAAAGACGUUUUCCUUACAUUUGGCUGUUGAAAUUUAAUUUCAACAAAGAGGAACUUUGAUCAAAGGUACAUGGUUUUUAAUGAUAACACAUGAAAAAAACGUACAAUCAUUCCGAGAAAAACAAUUGAUAAAAAAUGGAAAUAAAGAUAAUGCAUUGAAAAUUUCCGUGAACUAAUAAGAUUAAUAUUAUGAUAGUAUUUCUUGUUUGGAUGACUUCUAUGAAUAAUUUACGAAAUACUUUAAAAACUUGUUAAACGUUUAAAUAAAUAAACAACAACAACAAAGCAACAGCAACAAAACAACAAGAACAAAAAACAACAAAAAGAAGAUGGCAUACAUGGAUCCUAAUGUAACAAAUUUGUCGGUGUCAAAAACCGUAGAAAACAACGAAACAACGCCAACAGAGGUUGUCAUAGUUUGCUCCUUAAUAUUCAUUUUAAUUGGCGUCAUUGGAAUUGGCGGGAAUUUGUUAGUGAUAAUUUCUGUGAUGUGCAACAAGAAAAUGAGGACGUCAAUGACUAAUCUACUGAUAACAAACCUGGCUUUAGCCGAUCUUAUUAUCAUGAUAUUUGGUAUACCCGAGAUAAUUGAGUUCAUGAAGAACAAUGGAUGGACAAUGAAUUUAUUGGCGUGUAAAAUAAAUCGCUACAUACUUGUGUCGGCUUUGUACGGGUCCAUACUGACGUUACUGGCACUUUCAGUGGAGAGAUACAUAGCGAUUAUUCACCCGAUAAAAGCUCACAUAUUUUGUAACAAAAGAAGAUUAGCGGUGGUACUUGGAUGCAUUUGGCCUUUUGCCUGGAUUGCUGGGUUACCUACUCUAUUGUUCAACAAACUUGACCAGAGUGGACCGGACCAACGCUUAAAAUAUUGUAUGUUACAAUUUCCUGGAAAUCACCUGGACGUUUUCCUCGUGUUUAAGUACGUUGAGUCAUUAUUGUUUUAUUAUAUACCGCUUGUACUUCAGAUCACUUUGUACUGUAGAAUUUCGCGACAUCUUUUCAUAGGGACAGACCGGUUGUAUAGGAUAGUCCAUACGAGGGACCUCAAUGGAAUGCCUGCCGAAAGGUUCUCCGAGGCAUUACAGGCAAGAAGAGGUGUUGUGAAAAUGCUUAUCCUCAGUGUCUUUGUAUACCUAUUCAGCUAUUCCCCGCACCAGUUCUUACUUAUCUGGAAUACAUUUGCACCAAAAACAUUUCAUGAAAAUUGGACAUAUCUGGUAUUUACAAUGAUCAUUGCCUACGUCAAUUCGGCCGCUAACCCCGUAUUGUAUAGCAUUUUCAGUCAAAACUUUCGUCAGUGUUAUAAACAGUUCGCAUUUUGUGCCAUAGGGAUGCGCAAGGAAGAGAGUAAGGCAAGGAGCAGACCACCUUCUACUAACAUUCACGGAUCUCCAAAAUUGUGGCGACAUAUGAGUACAGCUACAGCGUCAACGAACGUAUAGAUGAACAAGUCCUUUCAAACUUGAAUAUUUCAUUUUUAACCCUGUGAAAGAAAGUAAAAUUAUUGCUGAUAAUUGAAUGACGUCAAUUUUGAUUUUGUGUUUUUCUAAGUCAGGAUUACGUGGAAAAUUGUGUAAUAAUCUAUGUUUUAUAAAUAGUCUUGGUCUUUGUCUUUGGUCUUUUACAUAUUAUGUUUUAAAUUGAUUACAUAUAAAACAAAGUGCUACAAAGUAGAGCGACAUUAAAUUGAUGCGUCACCAAACGAAAUAAUUUUAAGAAUAUCUUUGGUGUGAAAGUCAGUUACAAAAGUGUGAUUAUAAUGUCAUAAAGACAAUAUUAACGACUAUAAUUGAUCUUUUUCAGUUUGUAUUUGUAUUGUAAGAAUAUUUCGCAUUUGAUCUUAGCAUUCUGUACCUUUAGGACAGAGCUGGUUUCUGUAAAAUGUUACCCUGUACUUCAUUUCAGUGCUUUUUGUAUGUUUCCCUUCCAUUCAGUAAGAUAACUGAUUCCAAACCUUCCAUUAGAGGAUUGAAUACGCAAUUAUAGUCAGUACUAGGGACCGUGAUUCCUUCAAAAUUCAAGAGACGCGAAAUUUCGACAAUUUGGUUUUGUUUUUAUUGCUACCUAAGCACCUUACAUUUCAAAAAUUGUUAUUGAAAUGACAACAACGUGUAUAUCUACGUACAUAUGAUGUAAAUAAAUUUGUCUUAUUUUAAGAAGUUUCUACAGUUUAUCAAUGUAUUCCUGACAU